GAGGGAGAGCCUCAACAAUCACCAUCAGAACAGGUCAAUAGCCCCGAGAGCUCUUGACGCCAGGAACGCAGCAGCACGAAUCGCAGCAGCAACGACACCAACAAACCAACUACCUACACACUAGUCUACAUACACAGCAUAGCAGCAAUAUGAGUGAGCAGAAGAACGUGAAGGAGAACCAGCAGCCAGUGGUGGAGGAGAAGAAGGCGGUGCAGGACACGACAGUCGCUGUUCCUGCAACUGUGAACGAAGUGGCCACAAAGCACCCGCUGCAGAACCGAUGGGUGUUGUGGUACGACAACCCGAAGAAGCGCCACUCAACUGAGUCAUGGGAGGAAAACCUCAAGAAUGUUUACACGUUCAACACCGUGGAGGACUUUUGGUGCCUGUACAACAACAUCCUGACGCCCACGAAGCUCUCAAUUGGCAGCAAUUACCACUUGUUUAAGGAGGGCAUCCGGCCCAUGUGGGAGGACCCGGUCAACGCCAAGGGCGGCAAGUGGAUUUUCACUAAUCCUCGCUCCCGAAAAGCGCGACUAGAUGAGUGCUGGCUCUACGUGAUGCUUUCGCUGAUUGGCGAGACGCUGCAGGACGAGGACGACAUCUGUGGCGCUGUAGUUAGUGUGCGAAAGGCGCAGGACCGCAUCGCCAUUUGGAGUGCAACAGCCAGCGCUGAGGACCGCCAGAAGGCCAUUGGGCGGGGUUUCCGCCAGGCUCUUGUUGACCUUGGCAAGAACGAAACGCUCAAGUACCAGUCGCAUGCCGAUGCUGCGGCCAGUGGCUCCAGUUUCCAGAACGAAGUAUUGUAUGAGGCGUAACUCCACGUCGAUGUAAUCGAGCGCACGGUUAGUUUCACAUUCGCGUAGUAGAGAUCUGCAGUAUAUGCAAUUCAUUUCAUACACAGCAUUUGAGCAUUCCACCCUUGGUACCCCCGCUACGGAUCGAAGUUGAAUCACUGCGACGUGAAAAUGUUC